CAACAGCAGCACGUACUACUACUAUGGAGAUGGCCCGGUCAGCAUCAUGGCGGUGCUCCUCCUUGCCUUCAUGGUGCUCGCCGUGAUCGGCAACGCCAUGGUAGUGCUGACAGUUUUGCGACACCGGGGAAUGCGCACGCGCACCAACAUGUUCAUCGUGAACCUUGCCAUUGCCGAUAUUCUGGUGGCUCUACUUGACAUGCCCGUAUCAAUGGCCACCAUGCUUCGUGGUGACUGGAUUAUGGGUCGUGCUUUCUGCCAAUUCAAUGGCUUCACCAUGGCGCUGCUGCUCAUGUGCUCAAUCCACACGCUCAUGUACAUGAGCGUCCACAAGUACCUCAGCAUCACACGUCCCUUCAGCCACAGAGGAGAGGGCUACCGCAAGGUGGCUGUGUUCCUUGUAGCAGCCUGGCUCUGGCCUUUCUUCUGCGCCAUUACACCUUUCCUGGGACUGACAGAGAUCGUUUACAAACGCGGUGCGUCCCAGUGUGGCCCUGCCUACCCGCGCGACAUCAAGAUGUACUCCCACUCAGCACUGAUAACCGUCACCAACUACUUCAUUCCGCUCGGAGUGAUGGCCUUCUGCUACGUCAACAUUUUUCGUGUCAUAGCCGACCACAUGUCACGCGUGAAGAGUCACAUGGGAUUGCACAACUCAGUGGUGCAGCAGAAGCGCAUCAACAUCACCCUCUUCCUCGUGCUCAUCUGCUUUCUGCUCUGCUGGACGCCGUAUAUGAUCUACACUUUUUACGUCAACAGCCGCGGCUCCAAGACCCACGUGCCUUACAUUCUAAACCCUGUGAGUUACUGGUUCGGGUACAUGAACUCUGCCUGCAACCCGAUCAUCUAUGCCUUCCGGAGCCCUUCCUUCAGACACGGAUACAAAGAGAUCCUUUUCGGCAGUGCUGUCGAAGUCAUUAGCGCCGAAGGAAGCGCUGCCCACAAAUCCUGCAGCUCUCAACCCAAGCCUGGAGAUGAUAUACAGGCAAGCGGCAGCGGCGCUACGGCCUCCUUGCACCGGCACAAGACGAAGCGGUUUCUGUCGCAGACCAGCUGGCUCAGCCUCCCCGGUCGUAAGGGAGGCUCGGACGUAUAUGGCCACCAGAGCGGGUCGUCGAACUCAGCACAGAAACAGGCUGAUGCCAUCGUAGAGGGUUCUGAGGAAGCUGCCGGACCUGCUGCUGCCGCUUCUGGAACCGAUGGCGUUACAUCUGCCAUCGCCGUCGAGCACGUGUAGAUAUUGGCAAAGCUUGGCCGGGUCAGAGAGGGCAAUAGGUGAAAAGGGAGGUAGGGCAGGCGCAAUCAUGGUACACGAAUAUUUUGUAGGGAGUGGGGGUUGCAUGGGGAGGGUGGCCCGCAAGUAUUUGUGGUACAUUGUGAGCGCGCUUCACCACUGGUCACGCUUCACGAUAUACGGGCCUAAAAUUAUAGCCUUUCGGAGGGCGCAAGAGAGGGGCACAUGAACCUUCUUGGCAUUUUUGUGUAUACUAGCUCACUCAGACCUUCGGUAUCACUGCAAAAUAAUAUUUUUUUCUUGGCCAUGAUUGACGCAAGAUGGUUGACGGAAGGUCAUUGAGGCUCAAGAUGGAGGCGAGAUAAGUUAGAAUGCUGUCCAUAAGUUGUAUAGAGCAAAGGUCGCAAUGUGACCGUGUGAACCGAAUUGUGUAUAACUGAAACAGUGCGAAGAACUGUAUAUAAUAUCUGGUAUAUCCAAGCAUGUGUAAAGUUUUAUUGUGGCCGUUCAUUUGACGUUUAACUAAAUAUCCAAAUGUAUAGUGAAAAAUAGGGUGCUUUCCUGCAACGCUGGUCUUUUUUGUAUAUUCACGCAAACAUUGUGUUGCAAAUUAAAGGACUGCGCGGAAUUCAAGACAAGGACGUUGUGCUUGCCCGUGUCUCUUACAACGUCCUUGUCUUGUAUUCCUCGCAGUCCAUUUAUUUCCUCACAAUAUUAGCCAACUGUAAUAUGUAAUAAGUACUAUGUAAUAAAUAUGCGUUGUUAGCGGCAAUGGAAAACUUAUUAGCUCUAAAAAGCAACGGUGACAGUAGCAGUAUUAAAAGUCACUCAGAAUGCUCAACAAAUAUGGCGGGCAUUAUAUUUACGCAUGGCUAUUUAGCGAUAUUUUCAUGUUCUUCUCAGUUCGUUGUACAGAUUGUUGUGCUGUAACUUGUGAAUUUAUACUUUACCUUUUAGUUAUUCUUUAUUCAUUUUGUCUCCACGUUCUUUGCCAUAAUGUCCUUGCACAACGCAAUAUAAGCAUACAUUUCUGUUGUGCAGUGUACUUUCCUAACUAUAUCGGAAAUAAAGUCCUGAACUGUC